AUGGUGAGCAAACAGGAAGAAGUCAAGGAAUUGGUGCAAGAACUAAAGGGAGAGUAUCACCAAGAGGAAGUAAAAGGAAGUCUUGUUGAGAAGAUAUGCCGUGAGCUGUCAAGAGAAGUCGACUAUGAAGAACAGAUUGGUAAAGCUGUUCAAGGGAAUAAUGCAAGAAUUGAAGAGCAUGCACUAAUCAUAAUGAAAUAUCAGUUGCUUAUGACUGCACAAAAACGUGUGAGGAAACGACGAUUACAAAUGCCAGAAAUAUGGUCCCUGAAGCUAUCAGUCACCAGAUUAAGAUGA